CUAGUGCCAUAAGCUCUUUGAAGCAGAAGUUAUAGGAAAAAUAUGGGUUUGAAGUACAUUUGCAGCUGCUCCAAAUGGAGUUUUCUUGCAAUUGUUUUUGUAGCUGAAUUGGCUUUCCAUGGCCUUAGUUAUGCAGAAAAAGCUCCUAAUUUCAGCUUUAUCCAAGAAGCAACCUCGGCUCCGGCAUUCUCAUUCUAUGACUACAUAAUCAUUGGAGGAGGAACCGCUGGCUGCCCUUUGGCCGCAACCCUUUCAACACGAGACGCAAACGUUCUAGUCUUGGAAAGAGGGGGAUCUCCAUAUGUCAACACGACUAAAAUAAGGGCAGAAAACUUUUUCCCUACUCUUACAGACACCUCUCCCGAUUCAUUCUCUCAAGCUUUCAUCUCCGAGGAUGGGGUUUCCAACAACCGAGCACGCGUUCUCGGUGGAGGAACAGUCAUUAACGUGGGGUUUUACUCACGUGCCGAAACAUUCUUCCUAAAGCAAACGGGCUUGGAUGAAACAUUAGCCAAUGAGUCUUACAAGUGGGUUGAAAACAAGUUGGUAUACAAGCCAGUUGUGUUGCAAUGGCAAUCGGCAGUGAGAAACGGGUUGCUUGAAGUUGGGGUUUUGCCUGAUAAUGGGUUUACGUAUGACAAUAUUAAUGGAACUAAAACUGGUGGAACUAUUUUGGAUGGAAAUGGAAAUAGACAUACUGCUGCUGAUUUGCUUGAAUAUGCUAAUCCAAGGAGGAUUAAAGUUUACUUGCAUGCUGUUGUACAAAAGAUCAUAUUUACGACGACAAUGAUAAAAGUUGGAUCGAGACCAAAAGCUGAGGGGGUGAUCUUUUACGAUGCAAAUGGAGUAAAGCACAUGGCAUUCUUGAAAAAUGACUCGAGGAAUGAGAUAAUUUUGUCGGCAGGUGCAAUUGGAAGUCCACAAUUACUAUUGCUGAGUGGAAUUGGUCCUGCAGCUCGGCUCCAGGGACUGGGUAUCAAGGUGGUGCUGAAUCAGCCCAUGGUGGGCCAAGAGAUGGCUGAUAAUCCAUUAAACGGUCUUAUAAUUCCUUCUCCACUGCCCAUUGAGCUCUCACUCACUAAAAUUGUGGGUAUCACCAAUUUCGGUAGCUAUCUAGAAUCAAUCAGUGGGUUUGAUUUUUCUGCCCUUUCUGUUUCUGGAACUCAGAGGCUAGCCGACGACUUCACCACAAUUGCAAAUCUGACAGGAAAAAACUCUAUGGCAUUCGAACAAGAAGUGGCUAAUUCAACAACAAAUCUUGGAUUUAUAGUAGAGAUGGUUAAUGGUCCAAUCUCAAAGGGUUAUCUUGAGCUUCAAAACACAAAUGCCAGUGACAAUCCGAAGGUAAGAUUCAAUUACUUCCAGGCACCCGAGGACUUAAGGAAGUGUGUCCAAGGCGUGAAAACCCUUAUAAACGUAGUAAAUUCCAAAUCAUUCUCGAGGUUCCGUUAUAGAAACACAACCACACAAGAUCUGCUAAAGAUGAUGGUGAACAUGCCAGUGAACCUGAGACCAAAACACCCUAAUUCGGCAAUGUCCUUGGAACAAUAUUGCAAUGACACCGUGAUGACACAGUGGCAUUACCAUGGAGGUUGCCAAGUUGGAAAGGUUGUUGAUCGAGAUUACAAGGUCCUUGGUGUGGAUAGCCUCAGGGUUAUAGAUGCUUCUACCUUCAGUUUCUCCCCUGGAACUAAUCCUCAGGCCACGCUUAUGAUGCUUGGAAGAUAUAUGGGACGAAAAAUUUUGCAAAGUAGGAGAAGACGAUCCAAUCUUGUUUCAUACAAGAUUGCAUGA